AUGGAGGAAAUAAAGAAUUUACUUUACCCUUUGAAUCCGCCAUGCCGUGUUCGCACACGGCCGAUGGAAGUGCUAUGUGUUGGGCCUUCUCGGAGUGGCACCUGGUCCCUUCGGACAGCAUUAAUACACCUUGGCUAUGUGCAUACCUACCAUGGAUAUGACGUUGUUAUGAAUCCCCCAGACGAUAAAGCAUGGUACCUCCUUCAUCGUCAGAGACUGAAGCACAAUGCAAGCCAUCCUAAUUCGGCACAGCUCUCUAUUACCGCUGCAGAUUUUGACCGAGUGGUGGGCCAUUGUGCCGCCAUGACGGACCAUGCUGCCGCGGUCUUCGCUGCUGAGCUUAUAGCAGCAUACCCCAAGGCAAAAGUUAUUCUGAACACAAGAUGCGAUGUCAGAGCAUGGCAUAGGAGCGUGAAGAACACGAUUAUCGUGCACUCAAAGGACUGGAUGUUCUGGCUGAAAAGUUUCUUCCAUGCUGAGCUCUUCUGGGCCCAGCAAAGUUAUUAUCGAGGUACCCUGAACUGGUUUUACCGAGGUGAUUUUCAAGAAAAUUCCAUCAAUGUUUUGAUGGAGCACUGCGAGCGGGUACGGAGUCUCGUACCUAAGGAUCAGCUGCUGGAAUGGGAUGUUGAGGACGGAUGGGAGCCACUGUGCAAGUUUCUCGGCAAGGAAAUCCCAGACAUUCCCUUUCCCAGGACCAACGACUCCAUAUCGUUCUUCAAGAGCUGUGAAGAGUGCUAUAAUGCACAGGUGCAGAAGGCGACUAGAAAUAUGUACGUCUUCUUUACCUUGCUGCUCUGCAUGCUCACCCUCUAUGCCGUCAUCUCAUGGCGAUAG